AUAACCCCUGCAAGAAAGUAGUUAAAGCUUCCCAAACAAAUUAUUCCCGGGUUUUUUUUCUUCCAGAAGAUCGGGUUCAUCUCGGUGUAUGCCUUAUUUAUCGACUCAUGGACGAGAGAAGGAAUCAGUAUCAUAUGCUAUAUGUUCACUAAGCUACCAAGGUACAAAAGAGUUUAUAUUCUCGCCGGCCUUCCUCCCGGCAAGCUAAAGCUUGAAGAAGAUACGCUGGCCUUAUUCUGGGAAUCGAAUGGACAGACCUCGAAGUUCUCAGUUAUACUGUUCUCUUGGCAAGGAGAAAGAAAGGGCAUCAUCAGCAGACGAUAACACCUUGGAGUUGAGUCUUAGCCCUCCUGGGGAAAGAAAAUGUACCAUGAGCACUCCGAAAAGAAGCUCGGAUAGGCCAGUUGUGGGGUGGCCUCCAGUAGGCUCGUUUAGGAAGAACCUGGCGGGCAACAAACACGCCUAUUCUUCUUCCCCUCCCAUGGACAAGUUCCGGAAGGGGGAAAGAGACAUGGAACUCGAAGCUGCCCUCACAGUGAACCAACACCUCUUUGUGAAGAUUUACAUGGAGGGCUUCCUGAUCGGGAGGAAAGUGGACCUUCUAGCCUACGACAGCUACAAGAAACUCUCUGUUGCCAUAGACGAACUAUUUGGAGGCCUAGUUGCAGUUGAUCGAUGGAAUGAAGAAACAACGACCGAAGAACAUGGUGAUGUUGACAGUAAUCGAGAAUAUACUCUGGUCUACGAGGAUAACGAAGGGGACAUAAUUCUUGCCGGGGAUGUUCCAUGGAACAUGUUUGUAUCCACAGCAAAGAAGCUGCACCUGAUAAGAAGCUCUCGACUUUCGACUAAUUUGCUGGCAACCGGUAGCUGUGAUCAAGCAAAGGUCGCACUUGAUUCUGCAAUGGGAGAUGAAAGAUAUAGCAGCAAGCAACCGUUUUAAGCUGAUCCACGGGCUCGAUAUUGUUACUUAUCUUUGUGUAAAAAAAUAUUAUAGCGUGCCUUUCUUGCUCAUACCUUGUCUCUCAGUAUGGAAAUUCAGGGAUCUGAUCAGCGAUAUAUGCAAAUAUGUAAUUUGUUCAUCAAAUAUGUGAAAGACCGAGUGAAUCUCCAAUCCCAUGCAA